AUGAGUCGUCUUCCAUCCUGUCGACUUAUAAUCAUUGCCUUAAUACUCAUCAGCGACAUUGUUAGAGCUCGCCUUCGAAAACGAUCCUCACUUGAUACAUUGCACGCCGAUUUCUCGGUUGUGGAGGAGCAGAAUGUAGAUGUCGUUGGCGAAAAUUUGAAUUUUGUUACAAGGCAAGCGCUAGAGCGUGCAGGUAUUCAAUGGUCGGAUCUUCGUCCUAUUCAGUUUACUCUUCUUGAGCUAAAUGCUUACUUUCGAAUUUGUUCUGAUGAAGCACACAACUCCUCAUUCCUUUGCCUCAAGAAGCGAAUCGAUAGGGAGGCAUUGUGUCCCAAUGAGGGCAUCUGUUGUCCAAGACUGCAACAACAAUCAAAAUCAUUUGAUUCCCUAUCGUCCCCCAUUGUUGAUACAAGACCUGAUGAUUGCUCCAUUUCACUUAUUUUGGUGGCUGACUUUAUGAACCUCUAUGAUGGCACAAGGCAACAACGCCUUCUGUCCAUUUCAAUCCGUGUACUAGAUAUAAAUGACCACGCGCCGACAUGGCAUUUUCAUGGCAGCUCAAAUUCGCUUACGCAUCAACCAACAGAGCGACGUCAUUACAAGGCAGGCAUUCCCGUACUAAAUCUGCCGAUACGGGAGCAUACAAAGUCAGGGACAAAGAUUGAGCUUCCGCAAGCUGUGGACCCCGAUGCUUUUCCAGAGAAUACAACAGUUGCCUAUGGCAUAGAUUCGGAAGUGAAUGGUCUUUUUUCACUAGAGUGGACAGGUAAAUCAAGACGUGUAUCUGCGUUUAUGAGCAACUCUCCCAGUCAGGAUAAAUUGUGGCUUAUUCUCAAUAAAGAACUCAAUCGCGACGAACAGAAAUCGUACCAGGUAAAGAUAUUUGCAAUCGAUGGUGGAGUUGAAAAGCCUCAAACAGGUUUUUUAAUGCUCAAUAUAACAGUUGAGGAUGUCAACAAUCACGCGCCAGUAUUUGAGAAAAAGGAGGAUCUUGUCUGGGUGCUUGAGCAUAGUCCAAUAGGGAGUGUUAUUUACAGGUUGCGAGCAACGGAUCAAGAUGAAUCGGACUUUGAUAAAUUGGAGUUUUCUCUUUCUUCCUCCGUACCACCACAAAUUGCUAACUUUUUUGUGGUUGAUAAGCGAACAGGGGAGAUACGAGUGCAGGGUGAACUGGACUACGAGAGGAAAACCUCAUACAAACUUGCAGUGACAGUAACUGAUGGACUUUGGUUUGAUGACGCGGUGAUCACUGUAGGUGUCCUAAAUGUUAACGACCAUCCUCCAAGCAUCAUUAUGCAUUCACAUCUUGCCACUUCCUCUAGAUUUCAUUUGUUCGACACACAACACCGCGUUUCAGGAUCUCAAAUCACAAUAGAAGUAGUUGAGAACGGGCCUCCGAACCAAUUGAUUGCAACAUUUACGGUGACAGACAAUGAUGAUGCAGCUGAAGAAAGGUUUCUACAGGCAAAUACUCCACUUCGUGAUGCAUUUUUGCAGGCAAAUGGUCUCACUCUGCAAGAGGCUAUUGAACGUAUUAAGCAACCACCACGGUGCAAGCUAAACAACAAAUUACUACAGAUUGAGCUACUUACACUUGAUACUAGAUCUCACAAGGCGAGGUUUCAGCUGCGUUUGGCAAAUAAAUCAUUAGAUAGGGAGAUAUCAGCCAAGUAUCUGGUCCGGAUUGAAUGUUGGGAUCAAGCAAGCCGCUUUGGCAACCAAAUUCAUGCUCAGAGCAACAUGGUUGGUUUCAGGAACUCAUUUGCCCGCUCUUCAAGUGUGAUAUUCACCCUUGUUGUGCUGGACGAAAAUGAUUCAGUGCCGCAAUUUGUCGGACCUCUAACUGGCAACAUUGCGGAGGGCCAGCCAGUUGGCACCCUAAUUACUCAGAUCACUGCUAAUGAUGCAGACGACCCCUACACACUUAACGGACAGGCUGGAUUGCGUUACGCUCUGGUAGGAGAACCAGACAUCACCUUUACUCCCCAAACAAGGUCACUUAAUUUCACUUUCAGUGUAACUACUCAACCCACACAUGCUUGGUUCACCUUAGACGCACGCUCUGGUGAGCUGCGUUCUGCCGUAGUAUUCGACCGUGAAGUUGUGUCGUUUUUCAAUGUCACUGUCAAAGUUACAGACGGUGGAGAUGGAUUCAAUUCUACCACCAGACGGAACAGUGCCUUCACCACUGUGCAAGUCACUAUCUCAGAUGUGAAUGAUUGCCAGCCUGUGUUUGGAAAACCCGUAUACCAGCUUAAUAUUAGCGAAGGAGCAACUCCACCUAUGUUGAUAGGGAAGGUCCAUGCUAAUGACUGUGACGCCGACGAAACCAAUAGACGUCUGCAUUACUGGCUCCAGCAACAAACCUCUAAUUCAAACUCUGCUGGCCGUUGGUUUACAGUAUCACGUACAGGAGAGCUGUACUUGGGUUCAAAAGGUGCAAAUGAUGGGAAGAUGCAUGACUGGAGGCCUUUGGACAGGGAAAAAGAGGACAUAGUCGUGCUGGACGUUUUUGCACGGGACCACGGUCAACCACCACUAACAGGGUCAGCGCAAAUCAUCAUCAGACUACAGGACAUCAAUGAUAAUUCACCAGUAUGGCACUUUCCAAAACCCAACGAACGUGUCAUCAAUAUCUCAGUGGAUGUGGCAGUCGGGCAGAGAAUAGCUGAAGUGAGUUAUAGACUUUUCAGUAUUCAUUCAAUCUUCAUAUGCCCAUUCGGCUGUCACGUUACUUCUAAUAGAUAA